AUGAAAUUUGUUCCAAUCAUUUACAUAUGGAAGCUCGUGUUUUUCGUAAAAUUGAUUCAAUGUGAAAUAAAUUCUACGUUAAAUAAAUUGAUUCCAACCAUUAUUCUUCGCCCUUAUCCAGAUUUACCGUUAACAGAACAAGCAAUGUAUGAUUUGAAAAAUACUCUGAGAAAAACAAUUGAAACAAAUGAUUUUGAUGGCGACGAUGAUGACGAUUAUCUUGAAGAAGAUGACAUUGAUAUUGACGAAAAAAUUACAACAACUAUGAAAUCAACAACAUCUGUCGAAUUAACAACAUUAGAAAUGAAACAUAAUAUUUUUAAGUCUUCGUCAUCUUGUUUUACAUUAAAUCCUAUGAAUUUAUUAUUAUUAUUAUUAUUAUUAUUAUUAUUAUUAACUCAAAGAAAUAUAUGA